AUGAGAGGAGCUGCCUCAGGAAAGGAAUCAGCUGGUUCCCAGGAAGAGAAUGUUGAACCAAAGACAAGGAAGAACCAGCAGAAGACUCUUGGCAAUGGAGAUGGUGGCAGUAGCAGCGAAAUGCCCCAGCCCCCACGAAAGGAAAGUGCACUAGUUGAUGCCACUGAGGAAAGUGAGGCGACGUUGAAGAAGAACAGAGUGGAAGUGGAAGUAAAGAUUCCUGAAGAAUUAAAGCCAUGGCUGGUGGAGGACUGGGACUUGGUUACUAGGCAGAAGCAGUUGUUCCAACUUCCUGCUAAAGAGAAUGCAGAUGCCAUUCUUGAGGAGUAUGCCAAGUGUACCAAGUCCCAGCCAAGUGCUGAUAAUAAGGAGUAUGCAGUUGAUGAAGUUGUGGGCGGGAUAAAAGAGUAUUUCAAUGUGAUGCUGGGCACUCAGCUGCUCUACGAGUUUGAAAGGCCCCAGUAUGCUGAGAUCCUGCUGGCUCACCCUGAUGCACCAGUGUCACAUAUCUAUGGGGUACCACACCUACUGAGAUUAUUUGUGAGAAUUGGGGCAAUGUUGGCCUAUAUGCCCCUCGAUGAGAAAAGCCUGUCAUUACUGCUGGGCUAUUUGCAUGAUUUCCUUAAGCAUCUGGCAAAGAAUUCUGCUUCGCUGUUUACUGCCAGAGAUUACCAAGUGGCUUCUGCUGAGUAUCACCGCAAAGCCCUGUGA